UUUUUUGGCGGGAAGCAUCCCAGACAGGGGAGAACCUGGCGGCACGAUUUGCAGUCAUUCACUCAGCCUGGUCCGCGGACGUCACAGCCACAACUGCGUCUCCUGUAGCCCCGUCCCGCGCGCAGGCCUUUGUCUCCAACGCAAACCUGAGAUUGCUGAUUUAACGUCCAUUCCACAGAAUAUUAAACAUGUCAGACGAUGGUUCACCGGUUGUUGAGGACAAGAAGAAGCGUGGGCGUCCAGCAAAAAGCCCUGUAAAAGAAGCAAAGAGGAGAGGCAGACCGCCAGCGGAAAAGAACAAUGUUGUAGCUAAGUCUGACGAUGACGAUGAUGCCCCAGUACCUGUCAAAAGAGGCAGAGGGCGCCCAAAGGGAACGCACAAGAAGAAGGCUAGUGCAGUAAAAGUUGCAGCUCCGCCGCGUGGUCGUGGCAGACCGAAGAAGGUAGAAGAAAAGCCAGAAAGCACCGGUGAGGAAGAGGAUGAACAGGAGGAGGAAGAGGAGGAGAAUUGAAGUAGCUGAGUCACCCUAGCUUUCAUUCAUUCUCAGAUACCCUUGAAAAAAAUCCUCGUUCCUUUAUUUUAAGUUUUACAAUUCCAUAAUUCGUUGAAAGCUCACGCCAAGUGACACCGAAAUUCAUAAUAUUCCGAAUUUAAUAACAAAAAGAGGUAGAGA